AUGAACGACUACAGCAGACUCGCUGAGCAGGCCGCGGCCGACCUCAACACCUACCAGUCCAAGACGGGCAAUGCCCGGCCGCAGGGCCUCGACGAUGCCGGCGUCAACUCCAUGGCCGAAAAGAAGUUUGACUCUGCAGAGGUCAACUACGGCGACGAGCUGAGCACAAACCGGGGCUUCAACAAGCGCAUCCCCCCCAGCGAGGGUGGCGUGCUCGACGAUCGCGGGCGACAAACCCGCGGACAGCACUUUGAGGGCAGCGGCGGCCCAUUGGACAAGGUUGCGCAGUCUUACGAGCGCCAGCCCGGGCAAAACGACAACGAUGUCGUCCCGGCGCGGGUACCUGAAGUUUUCGGCACGGGCAGCAUUGACGACAUUGCGACCCGCGGCGCACAGGCGUCGCGCACCAAUGUCGGGAGCAACCCGCCAGGCCCAGGCGGUCAAAAGUACAAGGGCGCCGACUACUACACGCCCGAGAGCGUGCCUGACAGCAUCUCGGCCGAGGGCUGGGUGGCGCCGGAGAGCGUGACGGAGGCGAGCAAGGAGAGCGAGGGUCUGCGAUAG